GUUUAAUCAAAACAUCAAACUGUCAAGGGUACGAAUAUACAGACAUAAAGGUUCCUGAGCCUGGAGAUGGUGAACUAUUAGUCAAAGUUAUAGCUGUUUCAAUGUGUGGUUCUGAUAUUGCCUUGUACAACUGGGACAAAGGGAAUGUCUUCAGUGCCUAUGUAUUUAAAUGUCAACUCUGCAAGACAUUCUUAAGGGGAUAACGACAUUAGUGACAUGAUUUAAGAUAAGUAAUAAUUUUUGUUCUAUGACUCUAGAAUAGGUAUAAAACAGUUACUUACUAAUAUUUUUACAUGCCAUGUCAAAGAAUGCUAUCUAUUUUAUUCUUUAUUUUUAAAGUAAUUAAAGCAUUGUCAAACAAAUCAGCGUUUUUAACAGGAACACUCCGACAUCAAUGUUACACAAUACAAAAGCUAUUGAUAAUAUAGGAAGAUAACUGCAGCAGAGAGAAGUAAACUUUCAAAUUUUGGUUUGCAACAAAACUUUUUUACAUUCUUGAUGUUGUACAAUUAGUCAGAAACUGUAUGUCACUUGGUGUGCUACUACAUAUUUUCAACCAGAAAUUACGCUUCAAUGCAUGUACCAUGUGCUAUAAUAAGAAAAACCUAAAUAUAUAUGAUUGAUUUGUGUAUAUAUUGAUUUAGAUUUUUUUAUAAGGAAGAAAGUCUCUUCAUACCUAUGAGAUUUGUAAUAUCUUUUGCACAUCCAAGGCCAAAAUUCCAGACUUUCCAAUAAAGGAGGCUAAGUUAAUAUUUCUACAUUGGUAAUGGAUUUUAGCCAACCUUUUCCAAAAUUUGCAAAACAGAUGUCUCCAGCAUUAUUUUUCACAAAGAAAUUCUCAUAAAUUCAUGUAAGUAAAUUUUUCCUUUAAUUUUACAUUAUAUAUUGAAAAUUAAAUGGAGCUAAAGUGCAAGUUUGGCUCAUGUUAAUUGUGGUGACAGAAGCACAGUUCUUAAGCACUUGUGAUUAGUAUUAAGUUUACCUUGGUCAUUGAGGAUGUCUGGUAGAGCCUUGCACUGUGGUGGUGGUUUCUACCUAUAGACCUGAUCCUAAAGGUUGCCAGGGAUAUUAGUUUCACUUGCCUGCAAAGGAGCUGGACCCUACUCAGGUUAUGAUUAUUAAUGGUUGCAUAUAAAACCCAAGCACCUCACACUGAACAAGUUCUUCAGACGGUACCUUAAGCUUAAAGUCACCACCCUUCCACCCUUUUUUACAUAUUGAAUUUAUUUCACCUUUUUUUCUCUUUUUUUUAUGUCAUCAAUACGUCUAUGAAUUGUGGAUAUGAGAUACCAAGUCAAUUUAUCACUGUGGUGCAAUGGAAUGCGGGCAUCUCUGAAAUAUCAUCGACGUCUCUGGUUGGAAGAUCAAUUGCUUCACUACCAUUUAUUCCAGGUCAUGAAUGUGUUGGAGAAAUUGUGCAUACAGGAUCUAAUUGCACAUCAGAAUUUGUUGUUGGUGCGAGAGUGUGUUGUGAAAACCAUAUUUACUGUGGAAUGUGCUACCAGUGUCAAAACGAUCAAAAGCACAUAUGCCAAAAUAUGAGUCAGUACGGUCAUGGCAAAGGGACCAUGCAUGGUGGCUUCUCACAGUUUUCAAUUAUCCCAGCAAAAUGUGCAUACAUCUUGAAGACUGUUCUCAACUCAGAGUUAGCUUGUUUGUUAGAGCCUUUUGGUGUGUCGCAUCAGGGCGUUGAAAUGUUAUCACCGAAAAACGAAACGGUUUUAAUUCAAGGAUGUGGACCAAUUGGAUUAUAUGCUGUCGCCUUGUGCAAAUAUUUUGGUGCAAAUAAAAUUAUUGCAACUGAUGUGGUCGAGUCUAGACUGGAACUAGCGAAAUCACUUGGCGCUGAUGUACUUGUUGACGGGAAGCGGGAGGAUUUGAAAGAAAAAGUGUUAAGGGAAACGAACAAUGACGGCGUUGGUUGCUUACUUGAGGCGUCUGGUGCGCAGCCACUUGUAAAUAAUUGCUUCCAAUUGUUAAGAAAAGGUGGAACAGUCGUUCUAAUUGGUAUUCCAAAGUCUCCACUGCAUGUUGAGAAUGUUGGAAGAGACAUCCUUUUCAAAUCUUUAACACUGCAUACUGUGCACGGAAGAAAGAUUUUUUCGACUUGGGAAAAAUGCGAACAACUACUUGCCCAGAAGAAAAUUGAUAUCAGUUGCACGAUUUCAUCUCGGUAUGGCAUGUCACAGUUUAAGGAGGCGUUCAAGACGUUAUUGUCAGGAAGCGGGUGCAAAAUACUUAUCGACCCACACUCGUGAUGUUUGUCUUUUCUGGAAGGUAAUUAUGACGUAUUGUUUUAUUUAAUUUUCAAUAUUUUGUAAUUUUUACUUUUGGUAAAAAAAAACGAGAAAUGAUGAAAUAUAUUUGAAAUUGCGGAAAAAAUAAUAGUCAAAAAUGACAUUCAAAAAUUACCAAGUAUCAAGAAAAUUUUAAACUCACUGCAAUCCUGUUUAUAAAUUAUUAAGGCUUUUCUCAGAGUUUACCCCCAUCCCGUAUAGUCAGUCUUUCAUUGUGUUAGUUGUCCCCAACCAACAUUAAGAGGGGAGAGGGUGGUUUUUCCAAGGCUAUUUUGAAUAAGAUUGUAGAUUUUCUUUUUCUUAUCCAAUGAAUUCAUUGCUUUAGAAACAAUUUUAUAAAACGUAUUAUUUUUGUAAUUUUGUAACACAAUAUGUCAACAAUAAUAAUGUGCAUGUGUAA